AUGGUCACGGUCCUGCCAGGACAAACAAACACCUUCUCGAUGUUCUCGGUUGCCUGCUCCUUACCUGAAAUGGUGGGAGGUUUUGACCUCAUCCAGGCAGCCGAUGCAGGACAACAAUGUCGCUUUGCAGAUUGUUUGAUCACUCAUCGAUGGAUUCAGAUCCCCAACACAUUGGGUCCCACCCACCGUGUAGGGCAAGGGGAUGGAUACCAGAUUGUAGCGCAUGCUCUCGCACAAGGAACGGGUCGCAGAAAUGCAGAUGACACCAGUUCCUCAGAUGCCAUCACUGCCAGCCCAAGGUAUUCACCUGGCCGGCACUCACAACCGUCUUCCAGUCAGCAGCCGGCACGUUUCACAACAGUGCUACACCUGUUUCAGUUGGACGGUGUCGAAGUUAGCGUCGCCAUUGUUAAUGAUCAGCGCAUUCAACCCACACAGGAGAUUGCGGCUGCACUUAACAUUCCGUUUGACUGCCUGGAAGCGUUGCACGUCAUGCCACACUGCCCAUACCAGAUCCCCGAGUAUGAGAUUUCAGCAGUUGUACAGCGCACUGGUGACUUAGCCAUCCGUACCACUGACAGACUGUUGUUGGUUGAUAUCAUUUACCAUCACCACCCAUCCAGUGAGGGUAUUGGUCAUCGUCCCACUGUCAUCAGGGAAGUUCAAAGAGUUGGGCACCAGAUCCUGAGACAACAGAUUCUCCUUGCUGCAGCCGUGCAUCACUAUUGUCUUCAUGUAGCAUCCGAUUGUGCAGUAACAUUGGACUCCCAACCCUGGCCAGAGACUGAUGUGAUGCCUCGACCAGUGAGGCAUGGAUCGUAUGCUCAAGUAGUCGUGCCGCCACCUGCCACACAUGAUGUUCCAACUCAGACAGCAGUAGAGGUUGCCAGACAGAUAGCAGAAGAGGAUGCUGACAUCAGAGACCUGGUGGGUGACUCAGAUCUAAGCGAUGACACGUCCUUAACACAAAUUGCCAUCACAUCACGACCCAAAGGGUUCUGGAUUGCGAAGUUACCCAUUGACGUUGAUCAUAUCCGAGCAAGCACGUCUGUGGACCAGGAUACCUGGUCUAAGCAGUCUCUGCAACUUGCUGAACCAGUGGUAGCGGUACUGCAGGUUAAACCUGAUCUGAACCCCCACUCCAACAGGCCAGUCACUGCACCCAUGACAGCCCACACUCCACAGAGUGGGAAACAGCAUCCCACAGCGUGUACACCCAACUUGGCAUGCUUUGUGGACACAGUGUCAACCAGUGACUCACCUUUGGCAAACCACACGCAAGAUGAAGGACCCACAGGUACGCAUUCCGCAGUAACAGCCCAGUCCAUGUCCCUGUCACACACUGACCUUCAGCAUGGCUCCAUCAGUGCGUUGUCCACCCCAAGCAAGCAGACCAAGCUUUCGCAGUUUUUCCCAAAAAGAGGUGUUCAGAAAGCUCCUAAAGGACUGCAACAGACCAAGAUUUCCAACUUUUUUGCCACCAAGCUCAAAGAGCCCAAACAUGAUGCAAACUGCGUGGCCACAGGUACCUUGGAGCCUACAGGUAUGCACACUCCAGUUUUGCAGGAUGAGCAAGCUCAAAGUGAUCCAAUAGCGAUGCCAGGUGACAGGCCUGCGCACCAAUGGCGCACUGGAUUCCAGCACGAGGCUGAGCCACCACAGUUUGAAACCAGGGUGCCUCCCCCGCAGCAACAAGCACAGGGAGGACCACAACCAAGGCCAUCCUGGCACAUUGAGCUUCAUGCCAUCUUUCAAGAGCAUGCCACCGUCCAGCAUCGGGAGACUGGCCCAGAAAUGUCGGUGGAGGUGUGGUACGUCCACCACACUAACAUGCCGAGAUGCAACGCACCUCGACUCAUUAGGCUUGAUGAUGUUCAGGAGCUUUGGUACGCGGACUUAUGCAAUGCCUGGUUUGACCAGAUCCAAAGGCUCCAACCCAUUCGGAUUCAUGUAGUCAAACCUACGCCUGCCUAUCAGCUCAGACCUCAGGCCAUUGUGCAUCUAAUCCUAGAGCAAGGAAUGACCCCACAGAGGGCUGCCAUCCUGUUCACAGCUGCGUUUCAUGGAGGUGUUCGAACCGGAUUACUCCAGCAGGCCGAGUCUUCACCAGCUGACAUCUGCACAGAUCAGGUGAUUCAGGACCAUGGAUUGCAGCCACAGUGCACAUUCAGACCAUGUCACCUGUUCUCAGGCCGGUACCGUUUUGAUCCUCAUGAUCCAGUGCAGGUCCCCUCAGGUAUAAGCGUUUUGCUGGAUGUAGGUGACCACAGGAUUAGACACUCGCACCCAGCAGGAAGUAGUCAUGAGGCCCCACGGGAACCACGACUUGAAGAGCCUGCCACUGCCAGUAGUGACCAGGAAGACAGCAUGUCCAUGAUGCAGACUCCCAAAUACAAGGCAUUCCCCAAAAGUCGAGCUCAGCGCCAGACGUCAUUUGCACAGUCAAGUACAGCACCAGCACAUCACAUCCUGCAGAUUCACCAGCCCAUCACAAGGGAUGCAAGCGGAGGGUCACCGGAAAUCAUUGCUCAUGUGAUUGUGGUUCAGAAUCCCACCCAUGAUCAGGUCGCCGCUCUUAUCAGUAUCACGGAGCUUAUGGAAGACCCCUGGCACCCAUCAAGGAUUUGCACGCUGUUACCUGCUCAGGUCACAUGCAAUGAGCUGUUUGCCCAGGCAGGCAUUAGUGAAGAUCAAACGAUGACCACACCGGGCCUUGCAGCAUACCAUGGAAAUGUGCCUAUCCUGCCAGGCAGCUCUUUUCCGGCACGACAUGGGUACGCCUUUGAGGUCAUUACGGACACUUUGGAUAGGGAAAGAGACGACCUGCCACUGGCACACUUGCCAGAGGCACCGAUUGCUGCUUCAGCCCCUCCAUCAACAAGUGUCCUGCAACAUGUUGACCCUGUGCAGCCGUCCGUAUUCACAAUCGAAGAGGACAAUGAGUCACUCAGCUUGAUUCAAAAGUCCUUCAAGACCAUCCAUGCUGUGAUGAAUCAGAUGCACCACACAAUUCAGGAGGGUUCCAUUCUUGCAGGUGGCUCCCAACACACUUGUGCUGUGGUAGGUCCGCCCUACACCCCAAGGGGCACUAUGCCACAGAUUGAGGAACCCCUUGAUCCCAGUGCACAAGAGAUCAAAGUAUCCAUUGAUACAUUGCAUCGCUGGCAGCAUUUGGCUGCGUUGAGACCAUUUGCCGUACAGCCCAUGGCCCCCAUCAUAACCUGGAUGGUUGAUCAUGAGCGCUUCCCCCAAUGCCUUGUGCCUCGAGAGGUUCAUUUGAAUGCAUACCCCAACAACUGGAAAGCCAAGAUCCUCAGUGCUUGGCAGGAUAUGCUGUUACCUAGCCACCCGGCUGAGGUCAAGCUGGUCCAGCCACAUCCGGUUGCGAUGGAAGCCUAUGCAGUGGCCCAUGCUAUCGUUACCCAACAACCGCAGCCUGGCUUAACUACCAUUUUGCUCACCACGCUAGAUAGUGCCCAACCAGGGGCACAUCGCAGGCAUGCCACUAUGGCACCACAAAUGCUUACAAGAGAAACCUUGUUGGCUCUGGCAUUCAUUGGGCCCGACUGCCAUGACCCCACUGCCGACUGUGACGCAUGGAUUGCCGACAUUGAACUGGAGCAUCAUGUACCUCAUGCCACCCAGGAGGCACAGUCAUGCACUGCAGCCAUUCACCGCCACAGAUACCCACCUCCGGACACUCCUGAUCCAUGGGAGUAUGCUGCCACGCUGAACACAGAAUUUCGUGUGCCCAUAUCAAUCCAAGCAGCUCUCCCAGAGGAACGUCAGGAAAUCACCCUUGACCAACAAGGGAACGACCCACAGUUACUGUGGUUCGAGAAUGAAGCGUGGAAGAUCGAGCUGGAAAAUGAAGAAUGCUGCCAACUCCUACCUCUGCCCGAUGGAAUGCAAGUCCCAGAACCAGCCUACUGGGCCCUACUGCAACCACCUCCACACUCCCUUGAUGCAGAACUGCAAUACACGAUGUACCUUGAUGGGGCUGCCAAUGGCCUUGAAGCUGGACUAUGGACGGCCAGACAGGUGGAGAUACAUGAGAUCAGGGGCCAUGUGGGCCACGCCUGGAACGAGCUAGCCGACGCGGUGGCCAAAUGGGCAAUGCAACAAUCCAGCAACCCGCUCACUGGCCACUUUGUCCAACUCCACAAACUGGCCUCUGCCCCUCACGACAUCAAAUGGACGUGGAUGCAAACUACUCACCCAGCAGUAGCAGCAUGUUUUCCCCCCCUGAUCCAGCAACAAGUCAUGCAGUUCACGCCAGCUUGCAGAAGGGUUCACAUCACCCCCACUGAACGCCUCCAGCCAGUUGACGAUACAAAAAGCUCAAACUGGAAGCUGUGUGCCUGCACAGCCAAUGUGCUGGCCACCGAAGUGUGGAAUUUGCAACCAGUUGGAACCAAAAGAACCGGUCAGCGCACUGCGCGCCUGGAUGCCCAAUGGCACCAUGCACAGUACCAUGUGGUAGGAGUUCAAGAAGCACGCACUGCGCAAGGCAGGUUUCAUGCACCCCACUACCACAUUUUUUCCUCAGGGGCCAAGCACAAAAGGGCACCCUUAUACGGCUGUGAGUUAUGGAUCCACAAAACUCUUCCGGUGGCAACUGACCCUGAGGGCAAACCGGUCGUCCUGGGCAGGGCCACAUUUACAGUCCAACAUGCUGAUCCCAGACGCCUCUUUGUUGAAGCUAGGUUGGGGACUACUACAUAUGCCUUGAUAGUUCUUCAUGCGCCUAGCCUUGCCACUCCCAGUCAAGAGAACCCGGAUCCAGCAGCCGCCACGGCCCAAUGGUGGGCCGACACAAGCGCCAUCUACUACAGACAUGUUGAUGCAGCAGCGCAAUGGGUCUUCAUUGACGCAAAUGCCCCACUUCACAGCGGGGUAAACGACCUCUUUGGGUCUCAUGGGGCUGAACCCCCCAACAAGGCUGGUGAACUCUUUGAAGCGUUCAUUCAUGAUCAUCAGUUGGUAGUCCCUUCCACGUUCUCACACCUGCACACUGGGCCCACCACCACAUGGACUCACAGCACCGGGAAAAAGAGCCGGAAAGACUACAUCCUAGUCUCCCGUCAGGUUUACCCACUUGCCAGGAGAAGCUGGGUGGAUGUCCAUCAUGACACCACCUUUGCACAUGAGGAUCACCUGCCGGUCGCCCUCCAGUGCCAGGGAUGGCUCCCAGCCAGUCCAUCCACAGCUGCCAAAGCCUGGGAUGACCAGGCUAUGUUAGACCCGGUCCGUUAUCAGGCCUUCCAAGCUGCACUGAACACCCUGCCGCUGCCCACUUGGGAAACAAACAUUGAUGAUCAUGCAGCGCUAUAUGAGAGGCAAAUCCUAGCCCUUGGUCAGCAGUUCUUCACCAAGAAGAAAGGCAAACACCGCCAGAUCCAGCUGCAGCAUGCUACACUUGAUGCAAUUGCCUUCAAACGACAUAUUUUGGACUUUGGGCGCAAGAAUGGUUGCAUGCAUCAGCAGGAAUACAAACAUGAGCUCAAACAAAUAGAAAAAGAGGUUGCUCAAAGAGUCAACAAGGACAUCCAAUCCUUUUACACAGACCUGCUCAGCCAGCUGCAAUCGUCUGGCGAGAUGUCCAACCACCGCCUUGUCUACCGCCUUUUGCACAGGCUGGGACGCAAAAAAGGGGCCAGUGCAGCCGGGGCCAGACCCCUGCCCAUGCUACAGAAACAGGAUGGCAGUCUGGCAACUACGUUUCUUGAACAGCAGCAAACAUGGAUGGACCAGUUCGCACAAAUCGAAGCUGGCAUUCAGCGCAGUUGGGAUGAAAUGACUCAGCAGCAUGAAGACCCCACCUACCAGCAUCGAUGCCAUGACCUGGAGCCCGAGGCCUUUCCAAGUGCCUGGCAAAUUCAGUCGCUGAUUUCACGCCUGAAACGAGACAAAGUACCCGGCCCCAACUGCAUUCCUCCGGGCCUGGUUAAAGCCGGGGGCAGUGUUAUUGCCAAACACUUGUCAAUGCUCUUCACGAAAGUUGCCGCCAGCGCCACCGAACCCUUGCAUUGGAAGGGGGGGCAGUUAAUCCCACUUUGGAAAGGUAAACUCCCACCUCAAAUUGCGAGUGGUUAUAGAAGCAUCUUUCUCUCGAACUAUACCACCAAACUUUAUCACCAGUGCUUUAGGGCACACCUGGUUGGGGCCUGGGAAAAAGGGCUGACUCAUCUCCAAUGCGGUGGCAGAAAAGGUGUGGGUGCCGAUGUAGCCCACCACAUCGUGCAAUGCCACCAAUCCUGGUGCAAGCAGCACUCAGUGCCAUCGGCUGCCUUAUUUGUCGACUUGAAGUCGGCUUUUUACAUGGUAUUGAGACAAACCUUCACCAGCCUACCAUCUCAAGAUGCGGCGUUUAUGGAUGCAAUGCAGAAACUUGGCAUGACACCCGAUGAAGUCCAAGGCCUUGUUGACGUUGCCAAACAGGAAAAUGCCACACCUGGACUCGCCACUCACUUGCAGCACAUAUUGCGGGACCUCAUGCACAACACCUACUUCACCAUCGCUGGACUCACACAGCCAUGUCAGACCACUAGAGGCACGAGACCUGGUGAUCCGGUCGCUGACGUGCUGUUCAACCUCUGCAUGCGCCUGGUGUUGGUAGACUUCAAGAAUGAGGUAGUAAACACAGCCCACAUCCCAUGGCUUGGAGACGUCACCCCAGUCUCGGACCUGACCCAACCAACGGCAAUGCCAGCUGAGGGGUUUGUUGAUGUCACGUUCGUUGAUGACUGUGUCGUACUGGUUCAUGCAAAAUCCAAUGACCAAGUGGCCCACAUCCUACGAUCGGUGAUCAGGGCCCUCGACUCUGCAUCAGCACGUAGGGGCCUCAGCAUCAACUAUGAACAAGGCAAGACGGAAGUCCUAUGGACCAUUGUGGGCAAAGGAGCACGUCAGAUGAAACGCACCAUUCAUGAAGCAGGUCAGCAGCUCCAAUGGGCCGAUGCAGACCGGCAGUUUUCAGUUCAUGUAUGUCACGCGUACAAACACCUGGGUACGUGGGUACAAGCACACCACCACCACACACGGGAGAUCCUCUCCAGAGCAACUGGUGCAAAGCAACAAUGGGGGCAGCUCGCUCGCUCCUUCUUCACCAAGAAGGUGAUCACAAUCCCAGUCAAAAGUGCUGUGUUCCAAAGCCUUGUCAUCUCAAAGAUGAUUUACAACGUCCACACGUGGACGUCCAUCAAGCCCCAACACCUUGAAACCUGGGUCAAUCACCUAAAAGCUCCUGCUGGCACUUUGCUCAAGGGCUUUUUGAUGGCCUCUACCAAAUACCAGCACACCACCGAUGAAAUGCUGGCAUUUGCAGGCAUCUUGCCAUUGCGAGACCAAGUUCAUGCCAACCGGCUCAGGUUUCUUGCCAGACUGAUGCAAGCAUGUCCCCAAAUCACAUGGGCGUUGAUGAGCUCUACGGCAGCACCACAUUCUUGGGCGCAACUUUGCCUCGAGUCAUGCCAGUGGCUCCUGAUGCACUACGACAGCAAACUGCCGCUCACUGACCAGUCGACGUUUCUAGAAUGGGUCAACUAUGUGAGGCUGGAUCCCAACUGGAAAGGUCGCAUCAGGAAAACGUGCAAGCUUGCGUUGGCCUUCCACAAAUCCAGAGCUGAACAUGCGAUAUGGCAGAGACACUUUGAUGCCCGCCUGGCAGCCUUGGGCGCCACCUUGCCAACCCAGGACAAACCACCGCAGAUCGCGGAAAAGUGGCAAUGUGAUCUUUGCAGCAAAGUCUUUGCCUCCACUCGUGCUCUUGCAAUGCAUGCUGCCAGAGGCCAUGGCUACAAAAAGAAAGUGAGAUAUUAUGCCGUGGGCGAAACGUGUCAAGUGUGUUGCCUCAACUUUCACACACGCAAAAGGCUCUCAGUCCACUUGGAAAAGCAGCCGAGAUGUUUUAAUGUGGUAGCAGCGUGUUGGCCCCCGCUACCUGCGGAACAGGUGGAAGCCCUUGACACAGCUGAUCGAGAACUUGAGUCUCUCCUGCGCAAGCAAGGGUGGUGGGCCUCCAAGGCCUUCCAGCCGGUGUUAGCCACUUUUGGCCCCUCACUACCCCCUGAAGGUAGUCAGGGGGCGCAACUCAUGUUUGACCGCAUGCAAAACAGACGCCCAAGUGAUGAAGUCGCGUACACCAUGCUGCAAGGCACCAAAAUCACAGCAAUCCCCAGUGACCCAACCAAGCUGUGGUUCAGUCACUCAGAUCUGCCAGCUUUCAUUAUGCAGUCAGUACAGGGCACUGAUGCCGGCGGAGGAGCGUUUGCCAUGGAAGGCCUUGCGCGGGAAGCAGCCACCCUACACAUACGGGCGCUAGUAGUGGUGCACUUCUUUAGUGGCUUCAGACGCACAGGUGACAUUCACCAUGUGGUUGACCACCACGUGGCUGAAAGUGGCCUUCAGAUCUUCACCCUUUCAGUGGAUCUCUGUAUGCAAAGAAAAAGCGGUGACCUGGCCACGCCCCAUGCAUGUCGGUGGUGGAAAGACAGGGUGCUCAGUGGGCAAGUCGUGGCUGCUGGAGGCGGCCCACCAUGUGAGACAUUCACAGUGGCGAGGCAGUACGAAGGUGGCCCCAGACCACUACGCAGCGCCUCCCAGCCGCUAGGGCUUCCUGGGCUCACGCUCAAAGAAUGGUGCCAGCUCCGCAUCAGUGACAGGCUACUUAGGUUCCUGCUCGACAUCUUGGUGACCCUUGCAGUCACAGGCAUGAGUGUUUUUUUAGAACAUCCGCAAUUCCCAACAUGGUGCACUCGUGGCCACCCGGCCAGUAUCUGGGCAAUGGCUGCCCUGAAGCACUUGAAGCGCCUGAACUGCUUUACUGUUGUAAGCUUCGAUCAGUGCGUGGUUGGGGCGGUCUCCAAAAAGCCAACAACCCUCCUCCUUUUGAGGAUGCCGGAAGUGAGGGAUCAGUUGAUGCUGCGUGGAAUCUACGGCCGUUGCAAUCACCCAGCAGGAGCACAUGCAGCCCUGAUCGGCCGAGAACAAGAUGGCACGUUCAACACCGCCAAAGCCAAGGUGUACCCGUAUGGACUCAACAGACUCCUCGGAACUGCUAUGUUCCGCGCUGCAGCAAAACUGGCAGGAUAUUGCAGCACAACCGAGCUGCCAGAGGAACUUGAGCCAUACCUGGAACAAAGCCACCAAGAGCAAGGCUGCUGCGCCUUCCCAGGCCCUUGGUGCCCGCCAGGAUUUUGCUCCUGUCGAACAUGGGAUAAGGAGGAGGUGCUGUUCUUUCCGGAUGACAAGAAGCGUACAGGCCUCAAAAGAAUCCUGGCCCUACUGGCCAGCGCGAAGAAGUCUCUGGAUGUGGCCGUCUUCAGUAUCAGUCACCAAGACUUGGCGGAUGCUUUGUUGGACGCCCAGAGGCGUGGUGUGAGGGUGCGCAUCUUGACGGACGACAUGCAGGCAAAACAGGAGAACUCCUGUGUGGCUGCGCUGAAGAAAGAGAUCAUCGUGCGCAUGGAUUCCAAUGAGAAGUUGCAUAUGCAUCACAAGUUUAUUGUCAUCGAUGAAAAGAUUGUGCUGAGCGGGUCUCUCAAUUGGACCCAUGCGGCACUUGAACGAGGAAAUGAGAACCUGGUGAUCAGCGAGCACGAUACCGUUGUUGAGGACUUCAAAGAUGAGUUUCAUCGUUUGUGGAAGCUCUUUGCCAAGAAGAGCAAGGGCACUAUCGAAGCUCCCGCGGGUUUUUUCAGGAACAAGGUUGCUUGCCUCUUCUUUCCUGUCCCGAAUGAGUACAAUGCAGGGUUGAUCAAGCACCAACUGGAAUGGGCCAAGCAUAGCAUUGAGAUUGCAGUCUUUACUUUGACCCUGGAUUCUCUGGUGGAUGUCUUAAUCAAGAAGCACAAAGAAGGAAUUCGCGUCCGAGUUAUCACGGACAAUCGCCAGGCGGGGGUCCCUGGAGCGGAUGCCGCACGCCUACGCGAAGCCGGUGUGGAGGUUCGCGUCGACAGGUCCUGGUACGCCAUGCAUCACAAAUUUGCGAUCAUCGAUCAGAAUUCCUUGAUCAAUGGCUCUUUCAAUUGGACCGCACAGGCCACCAAAGGCAAUCAAGAGGAUGCGGUGAUCUAUG